AAUCUUAUGUAAAAUAUUUCAGUUGGAACGUAUUGUUUUUUUUUUUCAUGUGACGAACGAAUCCAUACAGUAUUUUGUUGUGUCUUGCCUCCAUCAAGCUUUUCUGUGUAUGUAUCGUCUAUGUUACGACAUUAGAUUUCCAGUUCAGUGAAGUGCACCAAACAGAGAAUAUAUUAUGCCGAGUUUGUCGAGAGACGAAACAUCAGCAGCGCAGAAAUACGUUGACAGAUUGCUUGCAGAAGGAAGCGAAGUGAGCUGCGAUGAAACAAACGCGAACUUCUUCGGAAACAACGAACUGCCGCCUUUUUACGACGAGGAACUUUUCAAAAGGGGUCAGAGAGUCUUCGAUAAACACAUAUUCGCGAUGAUGUUCGCCAAAAUUCAAGGCCUGCUGGCGGUUCUCUUAAUUCCCACCAUUCGGAGAAUGUUGGUUUUCACGAAAAUGUCCGGAAGUGACCUAAUGGCCUACAAGAGGUAUUUGGCCACCACUUUUCAUAUGGUGGUAUGGUAUCAGAAUGACUUCAAACCAGGAUCCAAAUUGUGGAAUUCCAUAUCAGAAGUGAGGAACAUGCACAAUUCAGCAAGCAAAAGAGGUUGCGAGGCUAAUAUUAGUAGGAUAUCCCAAAAAGACAUGGCUCUGACUCAGUUCGGCUUCAUGGGCUUCGCCCUAGCGAGAGCUGAAAAAGUUGGAAUUUAUGGAGUCACAGAAGAAGAAUGGGCCGGCUUCCUGCAUGUUUGGAGGGUUGUCGGAUAUUUGAUGGGAAUGGAAGACAGGUUCAACCUAUGUACCGGUUCUGUGAAGGAAACCAAGGAAAUCUGCAAUAUCCUCAUGGAUCAAGUAUUUCGUCCAGAAAUCAAGAAUAAAGACCAGGAUUUCUUGUCUAUGUCGCGCUAUCUAUUGAGAGGGAUGUGGGCUUUAAAUCCCGCCAUAGGAGUAGACUGUUUUUUGAUUUACCUCUACGCACUGAUUCAGAACGAUAAUGUGAAUUUCUUUCCUGUUUUGGAAUAUCAAAAAUUGGGUUCCGCCCAAAAAUUUCAUUUACACUUUUUACAGCUCAGCAUGUUUCUGUUACAAUUCGAUGGUUUUAGAAUUUUUGAGAAGUAUGUGAUGUAUCUGUCUCUGUGGCUGAUGAAAGUAUUUCCUUUCUUGGCUUUUUAUAUGUUUGGUAGAUCUAAUUCGUACGUGAAAAUAAAAUGUUGAAAAUGUAA